GUACUCUUAGUUAUAGGCUAUGGUAGUACGGCUACAUCAAGUUGGUUUUGUUAACGUCUCUGAACUCGUCUCGCCUUCUUCAACCACAUCAGGAGAUUUUUAAGUCCUCCGACCUCCAGUCACUAGUCAGAUAGAUAGUCAUUCAUUGCAUGCAAAAACUGUAGGCCUACUAUCCAUCACUCAACUCGUCAGAUUAGAUCACUCCAAAGUGGAAAGUUUUCUUCAAGAUGUGUUGUUGUAACCACCUUGUCAGGAGCCUGUGGAUGGGGUAUCAAGAUGAGUGUGUUCCAAAGCUGCAGCAACACCAGCGAUGCGACCCCUCUCUCCUCCCCUCAGAGCUUGUACCUCAAACCUGUAGCUCGAUUAAACAUAUCCGUACAGCUCCCCAACUUGAAAACACCUGGAAAAAGUAUCUCCAACUGGGAAGUGAUGGAGAAACUGCGACAUUAUGCCGUGCCAGAAGAGCUCUAUCAUCUGAAAGUAGCCAAGAGUACGUUAGAAGUAGUGAGGUUCGAAGCAGAGAUAGAAGACCGCUCAAAACUUCUGGCCGUCUUGGCCCGACUCAAUGGGCGAUCUCUGAAACUCUCAGGUUUCCAUGAGAGCCUUAAAGUGAGAGCGGCUGAAGCUAAACCUGAUUUUCCUAAUCGUCAUUCGUGGGAUUCUUACUUCCGGGAUGCAAAAAACAUGAAUGAAAUGAAACCUGGUGAAAGACCUGACACAAUUCAUAUCACUAAUCUUCCUUGUAAAUGGUUUGCUGCAAAAUCUGAUGCUUCAAAGCCGAGUGAAUAUGUUUUGAGAAAAGUAUUUGAAGUUUUUGGUGAAGUUCGAUGUGUUGAUAUUCCAAUGUUGGAUCCUUUCAGAAGCCAAAUGAAAUCUCACAUAUCUGGUAUUAAGAUGUUUUCCAAUAACCAGAACUUAAUAUUUGAGGCUUAUGUUCAAUUUAAAGAGUAUAUGUGUUUUGUGAAAGCCAUGGAUGCUCUCCGCGGAAUGAAACUAAUGCACAAGGACGAGACCGGAAAGGCUUUUACUGCUAGUAUUAAGGUGGACUUUGAUAAGACAAAACAUCUGAGUGACAGCAGCAUUCGUCGUAGGAGAGUCGAGCGAGAGCGGCUCAUGGCCAAAGAACAGGAGCGAGAAGACCAAGAGCGGCAGAAGAGAGAAGAAGAAGAACGUAAAUUGGCUGCAGAGAGAAAGCGAGCCGAGGAGGAGAGGGCAGCUAAGUUGGAGAGACAGCGGCAACGGGAGGAGCGACGCAAGGCCAAGAUGUUGGAGAGACUCAAGCACCGAGAGGCGGACGACAUGAACAAAAAGAUAGCGACAGAAGAAAGACUCUUGCUCAUGGCUCAGCGGAGACUGGAGUCCUUUAGACUGUUGGGAGAGCUGUUCAACCGGCUCAAGGUUGCCAAGGAAAAUGAACGAUACAAUAAAAGAGAGAAGUGGAAAAAACAGUCGGAUGGUGUGAAAAAACUAGGAUCGGAAGAAUCAGGGAAUGACCUUCAAGAAAAAGAGAAAGCGCUUAGAGAUAAACUUGUCAACAAAUUUAAGCACGAUGAUAAAAAGGAUAAAUCUCACAUGAACAGAGAUGAAGGCAGAGGUUCUAGCAGUGGUUGUGAUCUUUCUGAUGCUCCGGAGGCGUACAAUGAUCUGGAAAUGGACCAAGAAGAGUACAACCAAGGAUUUCAUCGUGGGAGAGGUCGAGGACGGUUCAACAGAGGAAGGUGGCGCAACAACUUUAACUUCAGAGGCAAUCAAUAUCCUCAUCCUCAAAUGCCUUUCCAGCCGUUCCCUAACCGAGGAGGGUUCUUUCCUAGAGGAGGCUUUCCUCGAUGGCCUCGAUAUCAGCGAGGGAGAGGAGGAGGAGACCAUGGCUUCUUUCCCCCUCCUUUCAUCGACCCUUUCUACCUGAUAAAUGAUCCGUAUUACAAAUACUUUCAAAAGGUCGCAUUCGGGAACAACCACCCUAGGUCGAAAUCUCGUUCUCGAUCUCGCUCCAGUUCCAGGACCAGGUCGUAUUCGAGGUCCUACUCUAGGUCGUACUCAAGGAGUCGUAGCAGAUCUCGUAGUGGCAGCAGGUCGAGACAUCGGCGCUCUCGCUCUCGCAGAAGCAGUAGUCGUUCUAGAUCCAGAUCCAGGGGACGCAGAAGAAGUAGACGCCGGAGUCGAAGUCCUCGACGCAAAUCCCAUUCUUCCAGACACUCGCACAAAAGUGACAAGAAACAAGAGAAAUCGGAUGUGGAAGUAAAUGUAGAAAGAGAUAAAUCAGUAGAGAAAGUUCCGUCUGUACAUACAUGGUCGAGAUCUCCUUCCCAUUCUAGGUCUCUCUCUUGGGAGAAACGUAAAGAUGAACCUUCUUCAUCAACUGGUCACAAGCACAAGAAAGAGAAAAAAAGGAAGAAAGAGAAGAAGAAAAAGAAAAAGGAUGACAAUUAACUUAAUAAAGUCGUUAUCUAGUCAAUCCAUUAUGUUCAUGUCAAAAUCAUAUUGUGGUCCAUUGUAUCUUAUUUUUUUAUUUUCUUACAAUAUUAAUACUACAUGUGAAAUUGUCAAUAGGGUUAGUGUCGUACUUUUAAAACUUGAUAUCUGUGUUAUAUACAAUUGUUUUCUUACAAUAGUUUUUAACAGUGAUGGAUGGGUUGAUUGAUAUAUAAAUUAAGUGGAUAAUCUAAAUACUGAUAGUAAUACAUUAAAAAAAAUAUAUUUCUCUUUUUACCAUUGAUGUCUAGGCUAUUAGCUACAAUAAACCAAUGAGCAGUAGUUUUUGGUUGUAUUGAGCAUUAGACUUCAAUUUCUUACAAUAGGUACACAGUAGAUAACCUCUUGUUCAGAUCUCUGGUUUAAGCAGCCACUCUCGUGUAGCUUUGUCCAUAGCUACAUAAAGACAAAAAAUCCUUUUCACCACACUAUGAUGUUUUUGGCUGUAUUACAUGCGUUAAUUGGUGGCUGAAAGUUACGUUUUGCUGGCCAUGCCAGCUGUCAUCGAAAUUUGGGGACCGAGCAGGUUUUUACAGGCCGGGGCCGCAAAAUCAGCUGUCCGCUUGCUUACUUAAAACAUGUAUGCAUUUUAAAUACACAAUCAAAAUCCAUAGCAUUGCAAUAGAAUUGUGUUAUU